AUGAGAAAUAUAAUCAGAUAGACGGCCAUGCUCAAAAGAAGGCCAAGAAUGCGGUCAAAGAAGCACAAGAAAUGUUGUAUCAAAAGAUAGGUAGUUCAUAUGAAAUAUUUCAUGGUGAAUGGCUUAGCUACGAGAUAUUCAUGGCAAGUAACCCUGUCGAGGUAUUAUGGGAGAAAUUUAUGAAAUGCGCUAGGAAAAUUUCAAAAGAUAAAAACCUCUUGAUGGAUGACGAAAUGAAGGAAAAAAUAUGCUCUGAUUUUGCUCAAUAUUCUAGCAGGCUUGUAAAAUGUAUCGGAGAGUAUAAUUUAUUCUUUCACAAAUUGGUCUAUCAUAUACGUUAUAAAGAGCAUGUAUCAAUUCCAGAAGAAAUCGGCCCAGUUUCAUCCAUGCGAAAAGAUGAGAUAAUUGUUGGCCUACCCACCUUACCUCAUAUAUCAGAAAUUGAGGCGCUAGAUGGUAUUAGUAAUUUAUGGUAUUUCCAUCUUGAGGGUGUAAUCGAGCUGGAGGCGCUAGAGCAAAGCACUUAA